UAUAACGACACGGUGACCACAGUAUCACCACCAUCGGUAUCCCAGCAAUGGCUCAGGCGUUAUCCCAGGCAAAAUUGCCGCCGACACCGGUCCCUUCAGAAGUCAAAGACCUGAUCAACCGCUUAUUCCAACUUGUGGACUCGAAAGACGACAAUGUCGGCACCAUCCUGGCCGAAGAGAUCUUCACGCCAGAUGCAAUGUUCAUCUCGGCGAAUGGCACAUUCAAUGGCAAAGAUGAAAUUUCCGCCAGCCGUACCAACGCGUGGAAGGUAGUCACGUCCCGCCACCACAUGGUGGACAAGGUGUUUUCGGGCAACGCUGACGGAACGGACUUGGUGCUUGUGGGCAGGCUUGAGACUCGAACGAAGGACAGCGAUGCUACUACAUCCACGGAGUUUGCGGCCAGAGGAGUCUUCGACAAGACCGCGGCUGGAGGGCCCAAGUUAAAAUCAUACCAGGCUUGGGUUGGGAGUAGUAGCACUAUCUAGG